AUGAACGCCACCGACACCACUGAUAUCGAGCAUAUCGUCGGCCACUAUGGAGCGCUAAUUCUGACGGUGCUCUCGGCCAUCGCGCUCGUUGUCAACAUAUACAUUUUGAAUUGCUCACGCUUUCUGCGACGUCCAAUCGGCGUCAACCUUCGAUUAUGCGUCACCUUAACGGCCGCCGAUGCACUAUGCGCUUUCUUUUACAUCACCAGUUUCACGAUCAACUUCUUUGUGCCCGAAAAGUAUCGACCCUCAACAUGCUGGUCUCUUCUGGUCGAGGCUCUGAAGCUUGCGACAUUCUUUGCAUCAGUGUUCACCCUACUUUCGCUGGCAUUGAAUCAUUAUGUGGGGAUUGUAUAUCCGCUAAGGCGUCAUAUUAUCACGUCCAAGACUGUGAAAAUGGCAAUCAUCCUCUCGUUCCUCGUACCACUCGCCGCAACACUGACCAUCUUCAGCGUCCAUCCUAGUGGUUUCCGCAGCGGACGAGCAUUCGGAUUCUUUGUUCAAGAUGGAUGUGCUACCGCAAGAGUUUUACAAGACGUCUUCGUCCGUUGGAUCUUCGUCGUUCCAUUUAUCUUGAUCGUUCUGUUGCUCUCAUUCCUCUAUCUACACAUCAUUUUCCAUAUGUCAACGAUGGCCAAGGACCCAUUGCUGACUGCAAAUAACAAUAAUAACCGAAGCAAACGGAGCACUAACCGGAAGCUGCUAGUGACCCUGAUGAUGUUGGCAGGAUCAGCUUGCGUUGGCUGGCUCCCCACUACAGUUAUGUAUGUACUGCUAUGCACGGAUUGCGUCUUUCCACAAGCAAGAAGCUUCUAUAUGAUGUUAUCCAUCAUCGCGCAAUCUCUAAAUGUUCUCAAGCUGAUUUUCGACGCAUUCAUCUAUGCAUCACGUCUCAUCGAGAUUCGUUAUUCAAUCUGGGCAUUCAACGUAGCUGUGCGCUCCAAUUUGACCGUGUGGAACCAUCGACACAGCGAUGCAACCGUUCCGUCAGAGUUUUCGAAAUACGUGACGGACACGAAGGACAAUAAGAAGGAUCGUCAGCAUCUGGCAGCACUCGAUGCUCCAAGUGUAACAUGCCCCGUCAAAGGCAGGACCACGUCGAUGUUCAUGGCCCCAACAAAUCAUCCAUUUAAGAACUCCCAGAAUACACGCUCUAUGAAAAUCUUCAAGUCUGAUCGUAUGCCAAAGCCGCAGAAGCUG